GCUGUCAAAACAACACUUCGCCAUUUCAGUUUUGAGUGGGGCUUUGAGUAAUUCUCGCAGGAAUUAGGUCAGCCAAGCGAAGGUUGCGCUUUCUUAUUUUUUGUGGUCAGACGGCUCGGUAAUUGAGUUCCGAUGCGAGUUAUCUGGUUGGUGCGAAUGAGUUUUUCCUUCGCGGGUCCGGGCUGAAGAGUGAAGUCGGUGUGCGCGGAUUUUCCUGAGAGCAGCUACUGAGCUAGCUUGCUAGCUGUGUGUAAACAACAAGGAUGAAACGGAUGAAAGGAGGAGAGGAGGUCAGCGAUAACCGCACCGGCGAAAGCUCACCAGACGUGUGCAAGAAGGUGCGGACGCAGAUGAGCGAGGAGCCUGAGGCAGUGGUGACCAGUGGGUCGCGGGACUGUGACUGGUCUCUGCUGCCUCAGGAGCUUCUGCUGCACAUCUUCCAGUACCUUCCACUGCUCGACCGGGCAUAUGCCUCCCAGGUGUGCCGGGGGUGGAACCAGGCUUUUCACAUGCCCGAGCUGUGGAGAUGCUUCGAGUUUGAGCUGAAUCAGCCGGCGAGCUCGUACCUAAAAGCCACACAUCCAGACCUCAUCAAGCAGAUCAUAAAGAGGCACUCCAACCACCUCCAGUACGUCAGCUUCAAGGUGGACAGUAGCACAGAGUCUGCAGAGGCGGCGUGUAAUAUUCUUUCUCAGUUGGUGAACUGCUCGCUCAAGACCUUGGGGCUCAUCUCCACAGCCCGGCCCAGUUUCAUGGAGGUUCCAAAGUCUCAUUUUAUCUCGGCUCUCACUGUGGUGUUCGUCAACUCCAAAUCGUUGUCUUCCCUGAAGAUUGACGACACGCCGGUUGACGAUCCCUCCCUGAAGGUGCUGGUAGCCAACAACAGUGACACCCUGAAGCUGCUGAAGAUGAGCAGCUGUCCUCAUGUCUCCCCUGCAGGAAUCCUGUGUGUGGCAGACCAGUGUCACGGUUUGAGAGAGCUUGCGCUGAACUACCACCUCCUCAGUGAUGAUCUCCUCCUGGCCCUCUCCUCAGAGAAACACGUUCACCUGGAGCACCUGCGUAUUGAUGCGGUGAGCGAGAACCCAGGCCAGCACUUCCACACCAUCAAGAAGAGCAGCUGGGACGCCAUGGUGCGCCACUCACCCAAAUUUAACCUGGUCAUGUACUUCUUCCUCUACGAGGAAGAGUUUGGACCGUUCUUCAACGAGGAGGUCCCUGUCACACACCUCUACUUUGGCCGCUCGGUCAGCAAGGAGGUCCUAGGUCGGGUUGGCCUGCAUUGCCCCCGUCUGGUAGAGCUGGUCGUGUGCGCCAACGGUCUGCGCCCUCUGGAUGAGGAGCUGAUCCGCAUCGCCAAACACUGCACUCAGCUCUCGGCCAUCGGCCUGGGGGAGUGCGAGGUGUCCUGCAGCGCGUUUGUGGAGUUUGUGAAAAUGUGUGGCAGGAGGCUGUCCCAGCUGUCCAUCAUGGAGGAGGUGCUGAUUCCAGAUCACAAAUACUCACUGGAUGAGAUUCACUGGGAGGUGUCGAAGCACCUGGGCCGGGUCUGGUUCCCAGACAUGAUGCCGACCUGGUAGGAGAACGCCGAGGGCAGAGUUCAGCACGUCGUCGUUCUUGUGGAACAAUAACGGGUCGAAAAGUGUUUAAACUCCGCUGUAGUGAAACUUCCUGUGCUAACACGGCGAGCAGAACUCUAGCUUGGAGGGAAAAGCAGGGCCGCCCAAACAAACGUGACGCCCAAACUCCACCACGCCACUGUAAUUUCUGCCUCUUGUUGUCAAGAAAAACUGCAAACAAAACUAUGCAACGGAUUUCUCACUACGA